UGGAACAAUGCCAUUGAGUUUGAGGUGGUCGAAUCAUCCCCCAAGAACCCAUAAUUUCCCAUUCUGUUUGUUUAGCUUCUCUAAGCUCCAACGGGUUUCCAAAACUUCAUCGAUCUCAAAAUCUGAAGGUCAAUUUGGAGGAGCCUCGUCUGUUUGGUUCGUUAAGGUUGUGUGCACAUUAUAUGUUCGACGUAAAUCGUCAGUGAAAGAAGUUCGCGUUUCGGAUUAUCUACGCAAGAAUUUAAACUCUUUGACUGCUUUUAGUGUUAUUAAGCAUAUGAAUAGUAAUUGGAAUAACCCGAAUUUGGCUUUUAGUUUUUUAGAGUAUACCAAGAAUACAUUGAAUCUUGUUCAUUCGACUGAAACAUAUAGUUUUCUUUUAAGGUCAUUUGGUUAUGUGACUCAAGUGGGUGUUCAUGAUUUAGCCAAAAAGGUAAUUGAUUUGAUGAGGAUUGAUGAGGUACUGCCAGAUAGUUCGCUUUUAGGCUUUGUGAUAACGUCAUUUGUGAAUGCUGGUAAGUUUGAGGUUGCCAAAGAGUUGAUGGUUGAUCAUUCUCGAUCUAGCGUUGAAAAGGAUGAGGUGCUCAGUUGUGUUGUGUUUAACAAACUUUUAAGUUCAUUGGUGAAGAGUAAUCACAUGGAUGAGGCGGUUUCUUUCUUCGAAAACAUCAUUUUACGAUUGAAAUGCUAUUCUCCUGAUGCUUGUACUUUUAACAUAGUCAUCUCCGCUCUGUGCCGGGCUAGGGAGGUUGAUAAGGCAUUCAGCAUUUUCAAUAAAAUGAGGAAAUUCGGUUGUUUUCCUGAUUUGGUUACCUAUAAUACUCUUUUAAACGGAUUUUGUCGUGCUGGCAAUGUUGAUAAAGCACAUGAGUUGUUGAGAGAAACUUGUAUGGUCGAUGGAUGUUCACCAAAUGUUGUGACUUUUACUUCAGUUAUAUCUGGGUAUUGCAAACUAGGUAAGAUGGAAGAAGCUAUGGUCCUGUUUGAUAAUAUGAUCGGUCAUGGAAUCAGACCCAAUACUGUUACCUUUAAUGUCAUCAUUGAUGGUUUUGGUAAGAUUGGCAAUAUGGUUUCUGUACUAAAUAUGUAUGAAAAGAUGGUUGAUCUUGGUUGUACUCCUGAUGUUAUCACCUUCACAUCUAUUAUUGAUGGCCAUUGUCGCCUAGGAGAACUGCAGCAAGGCUUAAAGAUUUGGGAUGAGAUGAAUAGAAGAAACUUAUAUCCUAACAUAUACACCUUUUCCAUUCUCAUCAAUACUUUGUGUGAAAAAGGUAGAUUAAAUGAGGCGUGUGACCUCUUAAGACAAUUGAAGAAGAGAGAUGAUAUUGUUCCUAAAACAUUUGUUUACAUCCCUGUAAUUGAUGGUUUCUGCAAAGCAGGCAACGUCGAUAAAGCUAAUGCGAUUGUUAAGGAAAUGGAGGAGAAAAGGUGCAAACCUGAUAAGGUAACAUUUACCAUUUUAAUUAUUGGGCAUUGUAUGAAAGGGAGAAUGAUUGAAGCAAUAAGCCUUUUCCAGAAGAUGCUUGUAGUUGGCUGUGUCCCAGAUUCGGUUACUGUAAAUUCAUUGGUAUCACGCCUUCUGAAGGCUGGGAUGCCAAAAGACGCUUUUGAAAUAACGAAAGCUGCAUCAGGCAUGCCUGUCACACAGACAGACACCUCGUAUAGUAAAAACACAAAUAUCCCGGUGGCUUUUUGA